AUGGGUCACUGCCACAGAGUCGCGUCGAUAUACGAUAUUUCUGUGACACCCGUGCACCCGUGCUCUUCCCUUCCUCCUCAUCCACGGCUUGCCUCGCUUCUUCGCCUCGAUCAUCGCUCAAUUCCCUGCAAACCACUUCAGCUUUCCACACCUGCUCAAUUCCUCCCGCUUCUCACCUGCCCGCAACUCCAACCCUUAAUCCCUGCCAGGCAUCGUUCACCCCGCACCGGCGUCAUUUUUGUCCCACCUACAGUCAAGCGGCGUCCGUGCCGCCACCUUCGCUCCCUUCCGUACCGAACCCGCGAACCAAAACCUUACCGUCACCACAUCGCAUCUCCACCAUGCCCGACACCGCUUCCCCUAAGCCGUUCUACGGCUUGUAUUUAG